UGAGAAGAGAAACCGCCUACCUUACCUUUGGAAUGCUCUAUUUCUCUUUAGUUUGAGAGGGUAUGCUCGCCUUGGAGUUGUCUCUUUCUAUUCUCACUAACCUUUAUUUCUUUAUUUAUUCGUUUGCAAUAUGCGCUUUACUUAAGGACAGACACGCUUGUUUACAAGUCUCAUAUCCUGUCCUUGAUCUUCCGUAUUCCCUUGGAAAGGUGAAAAGUUGUCAUAAAAACACAUGCACGCUUUUGAAAGUCUUCAAGACCUGGCCCUUCGUUGUAUACAAGAUAUCUUCUCGUCCAUGUGAAUUGGGCCUUGGUUACGGGCCCCCUUCAUCUCUUGUCAUGCUCGCAGCUCCCCGGUAUUCUCAUCAUAAGUACGGCAGCUGGAACUGCCAGUGCAGCCAAAGUAGGUUGUACGGGAGGCCAAGCUCUUCGAUCAUGCUACUGUACGGCAUACAAUUGUUCAUGUUCUGCUUACGGGAUGAACGUUGCAGGCGAGGGUAGCGGAAGUUAGCUCGCCAGUGUCAGCCUUUUUAUAGUGACCCCUUAUCACAUCUCCAGUCGAAAGCAUUGGAGAACCCCUCUCGAUAAAACCAGACAGGAACAAAACCCAGUACUCGCUACUAGAGUAGUCGGCCACGGCGGCCAUGGUGGGAAGGAGACAUCACAUCCAAACCGGUUUUAUAUCACGUGAUCGGGC